CAGGUGGGUGUCCGCCCUGCGCCGCUCGCCGUCUCGGGCCUCCGGAACCACAGCUCCCAGCAGGCCUCGCGCGGCGCGCUGCCUCCUGGGAUUUGUAGUUCCACCGCGGCUCGGCUGGUGCCCGACCCGGCCCCGGCAGGCGCUGCCUGGCGACUCUGCAGCGCCCCAGCGGGGCCGAGGGACCGCCCUCCUAGGCGUCUGGAGAAACUAGGCGCUUUUUCCGGGUAGAGUGGAGGAACUUGUAGUUUUCCUCUCCCCGGGCCAGAAAGCCAAAACGAAAGAGCGCCCGCCUAGGUGACCGCAGGGCCCGGAGCCCUCGGUGUCCUGGUUCCUAACCGGGAUGCAGCCUCUUACCCUGGCUGAGGAGCCCAGCCAGCCUGAGGGAGACUGCAGGAGUCAUGUCCCGUUGCGCACUCAAGAGUUACCCCCAUGGUGGCUGGAGCUCUUUUUUCGGGGGUGGGGGUGGGGAUGGGGAAUGUUGAGCAACAAACAGCCAGCAGCCCCGGGGUGCGCAGGGUCCCCCGUGGUCCUAGCCUAGUCCCAGAACUCGCGUGUUCUGCAGGAGGUGUGGCUGACCUGGAGCCUGGACUUGCCACCCUCAGGCAACACUAGCCCCUCUGGAGCACGGAGCUCCUUCCCCAAGGACAUGAAGCUGUUGGAGAACUCGAGCUUUGAAGCCAUCAACUCACAGCUGACUGUGGAGACCGGAGAUGCCCACAUCAUCGGCAGGAUUGAGAGCUACUCGUGUAAGAUGGCAGGAGACGACAAACACAUGUUCAAGCAGUUCUGCCAGGAGGGCCAGCCCCACGUGCUGGAGGCACUCUCUCCACCCCAGACUUCAGGCCUCAGCCCCAGCAGACUCAGCAAAAGCCAAGGCGGCGAGGACGAGGGCCCCCUCAGUGACAAGUGCAGCCGCAAGACUCUCUUCUACCUGAUUGCCACGCUCAAUGAGUCCUUCAGGCCUGACUAUGACUUCAGCACAGCCCGCAGCCAUGAGUUCAGCCGGGAGCCCAGCCUUAGCUGGGUGGUGAAUGCAGUCAACUGCAGUCUGUUCUCAGCUGUGCGGGAGGACUUCAAGGCCCUGAAACCACAGCUGUGGAACGCGGUGGACGAGGAGAUCUGCCUGACUGAAUGUGACAUCUACAGCUAUAACCCAGACUUGGACUCGGAUCCUUUCGGGGAGGAUGGUAGCCUCUGGUCCUUCAACUACUUCUUCUACAACAAGCGGCUCAAGCGAAUCGUCUUCUUUAGCUGCCGUUCCAUCAGUGGCUCCACCUACACACCCUCAGAGGCAGGCAACGAGCUGGACAUGGAGCUGGGGGAGGAGGAGGUGGAGGAAGAAAGCAGAAGCGGAGGCAGUGGGGCCGAGGAGGCCAGCACCAUGGAGGAGGACAGGGUCCCAGUGAUCUGUAUUUGAUGAGGAGGAGCCGAGGCCCCAGCUUCAUCCAGCUUCAACCAAUGCCUGGACCUGCCCACCUGAGAGGCCCCUGGGGCCUCCCCAGCUGCUGGCCAGACCCUGGCGCUGCCACAGUCCUGGCAUUGCCCAAGGCCAUACCUGCCUAGCCCUUUGGCUCCAUCCUGUGGAUGCCCACUCACCCGUCAGACUCCUGCUGCCCGUGCUGUGGCCGGACUUGGCAGCAGGGGGCCUGGUGGGAAGAGCGACUGCCCUGCCCAAAUGAACUGCCACAGCAGGGACAGCUGGACCACAGAGUUUAUUUUUGUAUUUCUACUGGGCCUGCACACUCCAGCCCAAAGGGUCUGUGGCCAGAGGCCCCGCAAGCAGGCCCCAGCGUCACCCGCUCUGGUCUUGGGCCGGCCCCUGGUGCCCACCUGUACCCCCACCUCGCCCAUUUGGCCGCGUGCACUGAGUGUCACUUUGCUGCAGCUCAUUUCUUUCCAAUAAAAGUUUCUGUGACUUGG